AGUCCCCGCCGACACACCUCCCGGGAUUGCCAGUUCACCAUAGCCCGCCUCCUCCCCCGCCCUUGUCUCCCUUUCCUCCUCUCCUGGCCCAUCUCCUUGCCUCGCCCCUCUCGCCACCCACCCGCGUAGUUUUCCCAUCCCUCCCUGCCCGCCUCCCCGGCCCGAGGCCUGCCGAAAAGAGGACUCCUGAUGGGCGCCGCUCAGGGGAGAUUCCCCAAAUUCGCCUCCCCCAAGUCCAGCACCUCGCAGGGGCCCCCGCCGCGACCGCAACAGCCACACCCUGGCGCCGGGCCCCCGGCUGGCCAUGUGCAGCCCCCACCCACGGGGACCUCGGGCCCUUCGACCAUCCCGCCAGCCGGCCUGGUCAGCGGCUUCGGCCUGACCGAGAAGAACGAGGAGGACCCCUGCCUCGAGUUUGAGGCCGGCCCAUGGCUGUCCCUCAUCUCGUGGCGCGAAAUCCCCCCCAAUGAGUCGGCCGCCGAUGAGGCCAAGGCUGCCACGGUGGCCGAGCCCGCCCUUCUGGUCGGCGCCUCGGCCAAGACCCCCCCCGUUUUGCCGACCGACAGUUCUGCCGUGGCGAUCCCCUCGGAGGAGGCUACUGCUCCCGGGCCGGAGGAUGCCGUCCCCGUCUCCCCGGCGGCCACCGAGGCCACAACUGCCUGGUCCUCAUCGGCCAAUGAGUUGUCCUUGCCCCGGCUGUCAACCGAUCUUCCGGCCAACCUGCCGCCGACCUUCCUGCCGGCUCCGGUUGCUCCGGUUAUCCAACAGUCUCCCACCUCCGCCACGGCGCCCACUCUCCCGAUUACCACCGGAGGCGCUGCACCGCUCGAUGGCUGGCGUUCCAGCUCGCCGGUCAUCUCCGCUUCUCUGGUCGCCCGGGCCGAAGUGAUCGCCGAUCAGCCGCAGGACGGCCAGCCCGACGCCUCACCCGAGCCCGAGUCCCAGUCCCAGGCAAGCGAUGAUGACGAUGAUGACUCCUUCGAGGAGUUCUCCAGCACCGACUCGAUCUCCUCGCUGGGCGGCUUUUCCGAGGACUCGGAGCAGCAGGAGCGUCUGGUCUUUGAUCUGACUCUGCGCGUGAAUGAUGCCGUUCGCCUGGCCAGCCUCUCCUGCAUGGCCACACCACAGACAACCCUCUGGUCCAAAGCGUCCGUCGGUCAGCCCUACCCCCUGGACAACCCGGCUGCGAUGAUGGGCAGUCUCCAGUCCUUCUCGACCGGGCCCUACACCGCCGGGCAGGUUAUCACCGGUCGCGUGUCUUUCAACCUUCCUCUCGACCUGGAGCAGCGGCACUACUUCGCUUGUAUCCUCGACCAGAAUGGAACCAUUCUUGCCAAGCUGCGGCUCCUCUUCUCCGGGCACAUGCACCUGCCGGCCCGGCAGCAGCAGGCCGAGCGUGCCACCCGGCGCGAGCGUGACGCCUACCUGGAGCAGGUCCGCGAGGUCCUCGGGCAGGACGCCUACCGGGAGUACUUCGUCAUUGGCCAGCGCUCCAGCAUCAAGCCCAAAACCCGAUUCAUCUCGAAUGAUGCCGGCAUCAAGCUGGCCUUCCACCUCUUCGAGCCGCAGACCACCGCGCCCCCGGCGGCAUCGGCCGGCUCGGACCCCGCUGCCUCGGGGCCCGGCGACUCGCACGACCCGGCCGGCUAUACGGCCCCCACUGCGCUGGUGAUCAUUCCCUGCCAUGUGUUGGCCCUGUUCGAAUCGCUGGCCCGGCACAUGGCCAGCCAUGCCAGCUUUCCGGUUGUGGUGGCUCUUGUCGAGCUGCAGGGCUACGGCCAGAGUGACGGCCGCCGAGCCACCAGCGAGGACCGGCAGGAUCUCUGGCGCGACUUGCGGUCUUUCAUUCGCCACCUGAAAAUUUCCUUCCCCUGCCUGCCGGUGGUCUUGGGAGGGGCCUUCCGCUUCAGCGGCCUCGUGCUGAAUUACGCCACCUGGCGCCAGCGCGAGCCCAUCAAUGCCCUGUUCUUCCUGGCGCCGGAUGUCUGCGACGAAACCAGCAACAUGCAGGGGAUCAUGAAUUUCCACAAGGACAUCCGCAUCAAGGUCAACUGGACCACUCUGGCAGUCGGGGUGCUGACCGGCGGCCGAGUCCAGGGCGACCGCCCUGUGUAUGAGCUCUCCUACCCGGAGGGCUUCACCCGCGCCGUGCCAUCGGUGGUGGAGUCCGUCAGUAUGAACAAUCUCCUGGCCACACGCCCCGCCGAUGCCCGGCGCCAGUUUGCCCAGCUGGAUGUGCCGUUUGGCUUCUGGAUUGGUGAGAACGACGAGUUCAUCUUCUCCGAAAAGGCCUCUCUGAUCCCGCAUCAGGCCAUCAUCUCGGCCCAGUGCCCGGUCAGCGUGCGCACGCACUCGGAAAUCCGCAUCUUGCCAGAUCUCGGGCACUUUGCCAUCCUCGGCACACCGGGUGCCACGGCGGUUCUCCGGUGGAUCCAGCGCGUCGUGCGCCAGGGCGUUGUCUUCCGGAACAGCAUGCUCCGUCUGUCCCUCUGGUCGGCUUCCUGUCCGCUGCGUGCCGGUGCCAAUCCCGUGGCGGCCAGUACCACCUCGGCCCCGGGGUCCGCCUCGUCAAGUCCCUUCCUCUCGGCGCCGCUCUUCCUGGGGUUCGGCGGCUCUGGCGAUGUGUCUGGCUCGCAUGAGUAUGUCACCCCGCCGGCCGGGGGGACCGGGGUGUCGCCGGGCGCCCAGCGGGCCUGGGCGGCCCUGGCCGCUGCCUCCGGUGGCACUGGCCGCCCGGGGCACAACUUCGGCCCCGGCUGCUUGGCCCUGCCCUCGACGCCUGUUCCCCGGUCGAUGUCCUUCUCGGUGUCCGGCCGGCGGCGGACGCACCUCUCCUCCGGCGGAGGGCCCAUCCGGCCGGCGGGGCUUCUGCCGCUGGAGCAAUUCCGCGUUUUGUCCCUCUCGCGCAACAAGGUCCUGGCCGAGCUCCGGCGCCUGUCCCGGUCGUCGGGGCUGGAGUUCGCGGCCGAUGUGGCCGAGCAGGCGCGUGUCAUCCUCUUCGACACGCGGGACUUCCUGCUGGCCGAGACCCAUGGAGCUGGGGCUUUCUGUGCGGGGCUGGUGGCACAUGUGCCCGCCGCCACGGCGGCCAUCCUCGAAGAGCACCAUACCCACCACCCUGUGGGGACGUUGGGCGGGGCCGGUCCCGUUGGUGGCCGCAGUCGCAGUGGCAGCAUCCUCGGUUCGCUGGCGGCCGUGGCCACUGGCGGGUCAGCCAGUCCGCCUGGGGGUUCUUCCUCGCGACGGGCGUCGCUCAGCGUGCCGGACCCCGGGGCCCGCGCGCGGUCCGGCUCCACGACCGGCCCGAUGCCGGUGUUGCCGCCCACCUCGGCAGCCCGGCCAAUCGGCGAGUCCUCCGACGCCGGGGGCUACUUCCUGAACAGUGACGCCGGGGAGACGGCCGCCCCCGGGCACCUGGCUGGCAUCGGGGCUGGAGCUGCCUGCGGCGGGUGCGAGGCCGAGGCAUUGGAGCAAUCUGCCGUGCAGGACCAACUGGCCCCGGGCCGGUAUUACGCCGUCCGGCACUUGGUCCAUGCGUGUGGCACAUUGCAGCCCUUCCUCCAAUUUGAUCCGGAUCCGGCUGUCGCGAUGAUGCCGGAGCCCGGCGAGGGCGAGCCUUCCGGGGGGGAUACCCCGGAGCCCGAGCCGGACCGGGAGCCACCGGCGGCGGUCCCCUCCGCCGUGUCGCCCCUGCUGCCGGUUCCGGGGCUCACUUCCACCGGGGGCGGGGCCUCCAUCUCGGAGAUGCUGUCGCGAUUCAUCCCCUUCCCCGGGUCGUCUCGGAGUGCCGGGCCCGGUAGUGGGGCCGGACCCCCGAUGUCGGCACCGGCCUCCCCGGCUCCGGACGCCAGGCCGGCCACGCCCCCGGCCUCGGAGGAUUCCCCCUUGGCAUCGGGAUCCGGGUCCACGGAGCAGCAUGUGUCCUCGCUGCCACCGCCGCCGGGGCCGGCUCCCUCGGUGGUGGCCAUCCUCCUGGGUGGCCUCUGUACGGUGGGCCUGGCGCGAACCAUCACCCAGCACUACCGGAUCCGGGCCCUGGUGGACCUGGACACCGAUGUCCUGGGCGGGGCAUAUGCCAGCAUCCGUGGCCACACCCGGCUCCGGGUGCAGGAGCGCAUCCGGCAUCUGGUCAGGCACAUGCGGUACAAUGCGCCUGGCUGUCCGAUUGUUCUGGUUGGCCAUGGUGUGGGUGCUGCGCAUGCGGUGCGCUACAGUCGCUGGCCCGAGCGCGAGCCCAUUCACGGCCUGGUGCAGUUGGCCCCGGUGGCGGCCGACCUGCUGCGUGUGGACGCCGUGGUGUCGGCACUGGCCGAUGGCAUGCAGUCGACCGACGCCGAGGCCUGGUCCGUCGAAGUGGCCACCGAGAUCCCGGCUGCCCGUGGCGCAGUGCCACCCCCCCCGGCCUCGGUGGGGAGACCGGCCACGGGAUCCGCCUCGGGGCAUUAUCAGUUCCCGGCGAACUUCGUCCCGCCGGCCUUCAUCAACCCCUUCAACUAUGGCAUGGCCGUGUGUUCGGCAGCCGCGGCGGCCGGUGGCCCUGGCGAUCCAGUCGGACAUGGUGAGGUGGCUGCCUCGGCCCUGAUCGAGAGUGCCGUUCGCAGUCGGUCCAGCUCCCUGGCCGACUGCCUGACCUCGGAGACGGUCUUCUUCGGUGGCCAGGGCACCGACUCGUGGGAGGUGAUCAGCACCGUGAGCCCCGGCGCACCGCCGGAGUCCAUGGCCCCAGGUGGCAGCCGGGCACAAACGGCCCCCUCCUCGCCGGAGCAGCGUGCGUCACUGGUCGCCGGGCAGCACCAGCAGCAGCAGCAGCACCAGCAACAGGCAGCCCGGUAUCGGAGCACAUCGCGCCCGGUAUCUCUGCCCACCAGCGCCCCGGCGGCCUUGGCACCGGGGGAGGCGCGGGUCCUGGCCGCGGCGUCGGUGGCGGCCAGCGCGCCUGUCGGGGAUCUUCUGUCGCAUGCCAUUGCUCACCUGGUGUCGGGUAUUGAUGUGGCCUGUGCCGUGUGGUCGGGUGAUGCGGAUGAAUUGACCGACCAGUCGCGCCUGGUGGAGGCCAUUCGCAACAGCUGCACCAUCGACAAGGCCCAUGCGGCCAUGGUGGUUGCGGGUCUCGGGGUGCCGGCCGCCAAGCCGGACACCAGCGGCAGCGGUGCCCCGUCCGGGGGCGCAGCAUCCUCGGGCGUCGGUGGCGGGAUUGCCGGCGGGGUGUCGCCCAUCACGCCCCCUGGGGGCGGUCCCUCGGCCGGCGCGGCGGGUUCUUCUCUGAUCCCCGGGGCUGGCGCCGGUGCCGGUGCCUCUCCCUCCUCGUCGUCCUCCUCCACCGGCCUGGCCAUGGGAGGUGUAGGUGGCCUCGGCGGGGGCGCCAAUGCGGCCGCCACCAGCGUCGACCCGGCCACCGGCCAGCUGACCGACCUGUCCGUGAGCACCCUGCGCCAGGUGGAGCUCCUACAUGGGACCUCCUACUUCAGCAUCCUGCUCACGACCUCCCCUUCGGUUGGGGCCUGGAUCAAUGAGCUGGCGCAGUUGCUGUCGCCGCACUCCAGCCACUCGAGGCUAUUUGGGCGUCUGGACGACCCGAAGGCCGUGGCGCGCUAUGGGCCGCUGACCGGCGAGGCCUUUGAACGGCGGAGCAUGCUCGGGCGCGGUGCCUUCGGCACGGUGCACCUGGUCCGGCACCGGCCCUCCGGUCGGACCAUGGCCAUGAAGGCCAUGAGCAAGAAUCGCCUUGGGCUGGCCGAGUUCCACAAGGACAUCCUUGGGGCCAUCCGCGAGCGCAAUGUCCUGCGGGAGCUGGCGCACCCGUUCGUCGUGUCCUACUAUGGGAGUUUCCAGGACGAGCGGCAUCUCUUCAUCCUGAUGGAGUACAUUGUUGGUGGCGAGAUGUACACCCACCUCAAGGCCGAGCACCAUUUCAGCGAGGCACGCGCGCGCUUCUACACCGCCGAGCUGAUCCUCUUCCUGGAGUACCUGCACCAGCGCGGCCUGGUGUACCGGGACCUGAAGCCGGAAAAUAUCCUCAUCGACGCGCAAGGGCACAUCAAGGUCACGGACUUCGGCUUCACCCGGAGUCUGGUGCCCCGGCUGCCGGGCAGCGGUGAUGGCCAGAGCACCGACACCGGGGGCUUGAUCGGCUCCUCGGCGGUUGGCGGGACUGGCGGCGCGGCGGCGACGGCGGCGGCGGCGGCGGCCCCGGCCCCGCGCAUGCUCGCCGGCGGCAGCGGCCCCCAAGGUGUCCUCAUCCAGGCAACGCAGUCUUUCUGCGGCACGCCGGAGUACAUUUCGCCGGAGAUGAUUCGCAAGAACUUCUACACCUUCUCCACGGACCUCUGGUCGCUGGGCAUCCUGGUGUAUGAGAUGCUCACUGGCGCCACGCCCUUCGCGCGCAGCCGCUCGCUGGAGGAGCUGUAUGUGAACAUCCUGCGCGCACCGAUCGGCUACCCGAACACCAUGAGCCCGCUGGCCAAGGACUUCAUCCGGUCGCUGCUGCGCAAGGCUCCAGAUGACCGCCUCGGCACGCGCCGGGGGAUGAUUGAGCUCCAGGAGCACCCCUGGUUCCGGGGGAUCUCCUGGGAGCAUCUCCGCCGUCGGGAGGUCGAGCCGCCCUUCGUGCCGCGCAUCAUGGGCGAGACCGACACCACGUACUUCCUAAGUGCGGCAGGGCCGCCGCCGGGGGCGGCCGCCGGGGGCAACCCCGGGUCGGCCGCCUCGGCUGCUGCCCCUCCGGCUGGACCCACCUUCUCCAACAGCGUGUGGGCUGACCAUACGCUGCCUUCAGACCCGAAGCGCCUUGCACCUGAGGUGUACACCACGCUCUUUGAGAGCUUCUAGCUGCGCGUUCGCACAUGUGCAUGCAUAUGACGCGCCCGACACAGACACACCCACAUACAUAGGAGCGAAAAAAAAUAAUAAUGAUAGUAAUAAUAUGUAAGUGUGCGUGCGUGUUUUUGUGCGCGUUGGUGAGCGCGCCCGGACCGGUUCUCUCGUGACGCGAGUGAUGUCAACUGGCCUUCCUCGCCCGAGUGGGCGUCUCCCCCCCACCGUUGAAGAUCGCUCUGCCGCACGAGCGCAUAUGCCUGGCUCUGCUCCUUCCUCUUCCCCCUUCCUUGUUCCUCUCCCGCCUGUUCUGUGUCCUUGUUCCUCUGCCCCAUACACUUGUCUUGUAUGUAUGUGCG